UGCCUCGCGCAUCGUGGUGACCGAGUACGACGCAACGGGGAGUGCGAGCGAGGAGGAGGAGAUGAACGUGCCCAGUGGCGAGGGUUUUGGGGACGGCCGGGAGCCGAGGGUGAAGCUGCACCUCUCCGGCCGAAAGCUCUCCCUGCAGGAGCGGUCGCAGCCUGCCCGCUCGCCCGGGAAUGGGGACGGUGCCAACGAACGCUUCAUCUACCCAUCCCUCCCUUACUCUCCGGUGACAUCCUCCCCCCCACGGCUGCCGCGGCGGCCAACAGUGGAGUCGAACCGCGUGUCCAUCACAGGACUCCAGGACUGUGUGCAGCUCAACCAGUACAAGCUGAAGGAUGAGAUCGGGAAGGGCUCCUACGGGGUGGUGAAGCUGGCCUACAACGAGGAUGAUAACACCUACUAUGCAAUGAAGGUUCUCUCCAAAAAAAAGCUGAUGAGACAGGCGGGCUUCCCUCGCCGCCCGCCGCCCCGUGGGGCCAAAGCUGCCUCUGAGGGCUGUCUGCAGCCCAAAGGGCCCAUCGAACAGGUCUACCAGGAGAUCGCCAUCCUGAAGAAGCUGGACCACCCCAACGUGGUGAAGCUGGUGGAGGUCCUGGAUGACCCCAGCGAGGACCACCUGUACAUGGUAUUUGAACUGGUGAAGCAAGGGCCCGUGAUGGAAAUCCCAACCCUGAAACCUCUCAGCGAGGACCAGGCUCGGUUCUACUUCCAGGAUCUGAUCAAGGGUAUUGAAUACUUGCACUAUCAAAAGAUAAUCCACCGGGAUAUUAAACCUUCCAACCUCCUCGUGGGUGAAGACGGGCACGUCAAGAUCGCUGACUUCGGAGUGAGCAACGAGUUCAAGGGAGCUGAUGCCCUCUUAACCAACACAGUGGGCACCCCCGCCUUCAUGGCCCCGGAGACGCUCUCAGAAACCAGGAAAAUCUUCUCUGGAAAGGCUUUGGAUGUCUGGGCCAUGGGGAUCACGCUUUACUGCUUCGUGUUUGGGCAGUGCCCUUUUAUGGAUGAAAGGAUCCUGAGUUUACACAAUAAAAUCAAGACCCAAACGUUGGAAUUCCCAGACCAGCCAGAAGUUACAGACUUCUUGAAGGAUUUGAUUACACGCAUGCUGGAUAAAAAUCCCGAAUCUAGGAUUUCGGUCCCAGAAAUCAAGGAAAGUACUGUGCAACAGCCUUUCGCAGGAGAUUUCUCGUCCUCCGCCCCUGUGGGAGCCUGGAAGGGACGAGAAGCUGAGAAAAUGGAGACUAAGUUGCACCCUUGGGUCACCAAGAACGGAGCGGAGCUGCUGCCCACGGAGGAUGAGAACUGCACCCUCAUCGAGGUGACAGAGGAGGAGGUGGAGAAUUCAGUCAAGCACAUCCCCAGCCUGGCCACCGUGAUCUUGGUUAAAACGAUGAUCCGGAAGCGAUCCUUUGGGAACCCGUUUGAGGGGAGCAGGAGGGAGGAGCGGUCAUUGUCUGCCCCCGGGAACCUGCUGCCGAAACAAGGCAGUGAAGAUAAUCUGAAAUGCAAUGACUUGCCCAACGUGGGAGAGGAGGAACUUCUUUCAUGA